UCAUCCUCCUGUCGUCGUGCUGAGCAGGCGGUAGCUAUUUUAGCUAAACAGACCGGCCACAUUCACAGAGAAACUGACUAAAACUGCUUGGAUACCUCGUUAAAGACUGGUGGACUUAACCGGACACCCCGCUAGGUUCUGCUAAAAUGUCCAGUAACAGUAAAUCUCUGUUGUUGUUACUGCAGCGGUGUGUCGCAGUCAGGCAGCUAACGUUGUCGACGGGGAUCAAAUCAAGAGCCGGCGUCUUGUCGGGCAGGUGUGGGAUCAUUCAGCAGCGGACAUGGACAUCGACAACCCGGACAGUGUGUCUGGAGAGACUCUGUCAGCUUCAGUCCACAGUGACGAGCAGCCGGUACAGCCUCUGCACCAAGGCAGGAGCGACUAGCGAGGAUGAAUACCCACCACUGCCGGCCUAUUCGGCUGAGGCAGAACCAGAGAAGGAGGUGUACAUCGUGCAGGUGAAAGGUCUCCCGUGGUCGUGCUCGGCUGAGGACCUCCUGCAGUUCUUCUCAGAGUGUAGGAUCCGUGACGGGGUAAACGGGAUCCAUCUCACUGGGAACUGGCUGGGUAAGCUGUCGGGCAUAGCCUUCAUCGAGAUGGAGCACGAGGAGGACGUCAGGAAAGCCCUGGAGAAGCACCGACAGUACCUCGGCCGACGUUAUGUUGAAGUGAAUGAAGUGACAAACAGGGAUGCUGAAGCCGUCCUGAAGAAAACUAUCCAAGCUCCAGAUGAUGACGCUGUGGUGCGGCUCAGAGGUCUCCCCUUCAGCAGCACAGAGGCCGACAUCGUUCAGUUUUUUUCAGGUUUGGAUAUAGUGGAGAAUGGCAUCACCAUCGUCACCGACUAUGGAGGAAAAAACUCUGGACAGGCCUUUGUGCAAUUUUCUUCUCAAAAAGCAGCCGAUGAAGCUCUGCAGAGAGACAGAGAGAUCAUGGGAAACAGAUACAUCGAGGUGUUUCCGAGCAGAAGUGAAGAGAUUCAUUCUAGGAAGAGGCCGAGGAAUUCAGGUCCUCCUCAGACCAGCUUUCAGUCAGCGGACAGGUGGACUCCCUCACAGAACAUCCCCAGAACUAUGUUCCCUCCGGGCUCGGACUGGCCGCUUCAUAACGUCCACGUGAGAGGACUUCCUUUCCAGGUGUCCGGAGAAGACAUCGUUAGGUUCUUCUCUCCUCUAGUUGUGUCAAAGAUCCUGAUCGAAUGCUGUCCAGCCGGCAGGCCGAACGGAGAGGCCGACGUUUACUUCAGCUGCCAUCGGGACGCCAUGGCCGCCAUGUCCAAAGACAGACAGCACUUAGGAGGGAGAUACAUCGAGUUAUUCCUGAACUCUGUACCUGAAUCUGAUGGAAGGUGAAUGCUGACACACAGAUGCCAAACACAUAUAAUAACACAUACACAAUGGCAAUAGUACUCAUAUUACAGCCUGGCUUGGAAAUCAAACAAUAAACAUUACUGGUGUCAGAAUAAAAACUGCCUUCAUUGUCUCUCUCCAGUAAGAGGGAGGGAAUUCAUUACAAUAUGAGAUCUGUAUAGGCAACUUAUAAUAAAGGUGUAUUUUAAUAUUAGUAGAGGUUACUAGUGUUGUAUUUAAGAGACAAGAUAUUACAAAAAUGGUUUGUGUUAAAUGAAGAGUUUUCCAAACAUUUGCUGUGAAUUUUGUGUUCUUCAAACUGAUGUUGCAAGAAAAUCUACAAAAUGUGUUUCUGUACACAAAAUAAUUCAGAGGAACAAACAAGUCGCAUCCUGCACACUGAGACAUGUUCUCUGAGGUACUGAGGGCUUUUAGUUUUUGCUGACAGAGGAGGAUUGAAGUGUCAGGACUGAGCUCGUCAUGCUCCUGGCUCAUCGGGAUGCUAGUGAAGUUAAACACAGAUUAAAAUAAUCAAGUCAUACGCUGGUUAAAAUGUAAACGUUUAUUGUUGAUCUAAGAAGCAUUUCCAUCUCACGUGUUAAUUUCAGCAAGAAUGACUAAGCGUUUAACUGGUUUUACUGAGCUUCUAAUAAUUCUUCAUAUAAAUCAACAAAACAUAAAAAUAGCUGUUAUAAAUGUGCACUGAUAUGCCUACUUCAAACCAGGCAGGCAGAGAGCCAUGCAUUUAAAAGUGCCAUAGUAUGUUACAUCGGCCAGAAAAGGAGUUGGAUUAUCCAGAGAAGAGUCUAGAAUCUGAAUGCUGGAUUCAACGAUUCAAGAUAAACCAGACGCUGGUAUGACAAAAUAUUCACUGUCAGCAGGAGAUGAUUUGAAGCCAUUUUGUUAAUGCCACAUCUAGCACAGAACACAACAGCAACAGUAAAGAAACAUUAUACCCAGAAUAUUCAGCUUUGUUAACUUAAUGGAAUAGUCUGACAUUGUGUGUGCCGUAAAUAUGAAGCUACAUCCAGUUAGCUUAGCAUAAAGACCAUCUGGCUCAGUUGAAAGGUAACCAAAUCUGCCUUCCAGCUCACUAACACAUUGAAGACUGCAGGAGGGGACUGCUCCUGCCGGGCCAGGCACCCUCUCCCCCCCACCACCUCUAGUCUUUGUGCUAAGCUAAGAUAACCGGCUGCUGGCUGUAGCUUCAUACUGAACGGACACACAUGAGAGUGGUGUGAGUCGUCUAACUCACCGCAAGAAAGAGAAGGAGUGCACUGACCAAAAUGUCGACACAUUCCCUCCACAUAACAGCUGAAAAGCAAAAUCAGCACUGUUCUAUAGUCUGACCAAAGCUGGAUGAUCAAAUGUGCAUCAAAUAUUGAUAUCAUGAUAAGAGACUCAGUCUAGGAUUUUGGUUAUAAUAUUGUGAUAAAACUUAAAUAUUUGUCUUUUCCUGGUCUUAACUUCUGCAUUACAGUUUUCUUAACUACUUCAGACUGAGUGCACUAAUAAUGUAUGUUCAUGUAAGAUUAUUUGAACAAUUUUGUGAGGGUAUAAAAAGCUUUUGACUGCACAUGCAUUUUUCCCAAAUUGCUGACACAUUUAAUAUCAUAGUAAAAUGUAUGAAAGUAUGAAUGAAUCAGAUGCCACGCAGAGAACAAACGUGUGAAAAUACAAGCUUCAUCACCAUCUGCAUCGCAAACUGAAUUGUAUAUGAUCAACUACUGUGUUAUAAUGCAGUGCAGUCGUCCAGUUUUUUCAUUUUAAUCUCUUAAAACUGAGGUUAAAAAUGUUGUCAGUUGACCUUUUCAUCAAUAAUCUGUGGUGGAAAGUCAGUUUUUAAAUGCAUGAGAUGAUUCAAGGUGUCUUUUUUUAAAUCAGUAAUCUCCAACCAGGUGCCAUUUUCAGCUUUUUGAGUGCAGGUUUUCACCAGAUAAAAAUAUCACAGCAGCUCAACAGCUCAACACACACAGUCAGCCAGAAGGGAUGACUUACAGCUACGCCUGUACUUGAAAAAUAAAAAACCUGCAUCCAAACUCUUAAUGGCGCAUGUUCGGACAUUACUACCUUAAAGUAACUAAAAUAUUGAAAGUUCAGAACUCGCAGGACUUCAUCACGUCUCAGGUCACGAAGUCAGAAAGUGCAUUUUUGCAGUGCCAGUUACAAAUCAAUGCCUCUGGUUUCUACUGAUCACCGUGUCUUCCAGUAAAAUGCUGAGAUGUUUCAUGUUGGUGUUGAAGCGUAUUGUUGGAGUAACAGAGAGAAGCAGGUGGUACACACAGUCUCUGGGAGAAUGGAGGAAGGUAAUGGCAGCUCUUUGGACACGCAGCUCUCACAGAAAACCCCACUGCAGUUCUUACACUGUUUCUAGAGAAGGAAAAACAGGAUUAUAACACUUAAGGCACCAAAAGCCCUGUAGUAAAAUUGUGAUUUUCCCCUGAACUCAAAAGGUCCAAUAAGCCAUCUGAUAUUUCUUUUUAUAAUAUCUAAUUUACUUUUAUUUUAGUAUUAAAACUGCACAGCAUCUGCAUUAAUCCAUCUGAAUGUAAAAGGAACUAUUGUUUCUUUCAAGUGUUUCCAUGCUACCAAAGUUUCUAGGAGAUUAAUCUCCAUAUUUUAAAAUCUGAACUGCGCUGGGAGCAGCCCCAUCAUCUAAAAUCUUUGGAAAUCACUUUAGCAUUCUUGUGAUUCAAAUUGUUGGACAAAAUGUUACAGAUCCAAACAAAGCUAAGAGUCUCCGGCCCUGCUGGCAGCUCUGUGACGCUGGCACAGGAGAGCGCCAGGCUAAAUGCUAACAUCACCAUGCUAACACGCUCACAGUAACAAUGCUAACAUGCUGAUGUUUAUACUGCGCAACAUGUUUGUUUAGCAUCUUAGUAUGCUAACAGUAGCUAAUCACACUAAUAAAAAAGUGUAGUUGUUGGCAUCUGUGUGGUGUAACAAAGACAGGGGGGCUGACCAGAUAUGUAACCAUAUUAACCUUGCUUUCAAUUUGACAAUCAGUUGUCAGUUUGGUUUUGCUCAUUUUGUUUCCAA